UCAGCAGAAGGAGAGGCCCCUACCGACGACAAAAUUGAGGCUAGAAGAGAGCGCUUCACUGAAAGACGUAAUGGCGAUCUUCGGCAUGCCUUCCUUCUACGUUCUCCUCGUAGCAGUAAUCGUCGGGGACUUGACGACGGUCGAAGUCUUCGGAACCAUGGUGGAUUACAGUCUAGACAAAGGCAUAGCAGUUGAGACUGCCAAGCACAUGAUAACGCUGUCCUCAAUAGGUCAGGUUGCCGGCCGCACAGUGGCACCUUUGGUAGCAGACUGCAUGCCCUGGACCCGUCGUCCUUUGUACUCUAUCAGCUUCGCGGUAGUUAGCGUGUGCCUCAUCGCAAUGCCUCAUGUGUCCAGCUUUGCGGCCUUCGUAUCACUCUCGUCGUUAGUAGGAGCGUGUCAAGGGUACAUUUUGUGCAUCAGGUACGUGCUUACUGCGGAAUUCGUGGGUGUCGAACGGACGGCGGCUUGCAGCGGCAUCAUCGGCGUCGCCAUGGUGCCUGUGUACCUGGUCAGCCCGAAGUUAGUAGGUAUCUUCCGUGACGCAAGUGGUUCGUACGACAACUAUUACCGCACACUGGCAGCCUUCAACUCAGCGGCCGCCGUUCUCUUCGCAGCGUAUGAUGCUUGCAGCCGGGUUCCCACCGAGCGCACAAAACCGGUCAAGGACGAAGGCGGCGUGAAGUAGAAUUGACGAACUUAAAUAGCGACUUCUUCUGGUGACGCCAUCGUCAAUUUCUCCAUGCUUGGGAGACGGAGGCAAGGGCAGAGGUGGAACCCUUGCUAAAGUAUUCAUUGACUGUAAUGUGAACUCUAAGAAAGGGGACGAGGACGUUGAAGCUAAAAUUUAAGAAUUCACCCAUGAAAUGUUCAGAGGUUUCACAAAGUGACUUUAUAACUAACGUUCUCUAUUUACAUUGGUAAAAUCAGAUAUUGUUUCAAUGGCUCUAAACACUUUUGUGAGGCCUCAAUCUGACCAAUCCUUGGGAGACCAAAUUUACGGGUUCAAAUUUCGCGUAACUUCUGUGUAAGGCGCCAUGUUCCAGCAUCUAAGCUGUGACGCCUGGCACAGCUGCUACAUCUCAAUUUCAGUGUCAUCAAUGCUACUUUCCAGCCAUGAUCGAACUUGGACGUGUUGUUCCAGCUUCACU